GAUGCAAAGAAAGUCAGGGUGUUUACAUUUACACAGGCUGGAAAAUGUGAUCUGUCGCUCCUUCAAAAGCUGAGGACAGUAAGAUCAUUUGAAUGAAGUUUUAGCUCUAGUUCACGCUGUCUCCAGUAGUAGGCUACUUCUCAGUCCUCAGGAGGGGGCAAAAGGACAGUUUUUAACCGGGCUUCAUACCCACAUCCUGCAGCCUGCUCAGGAUCUGCUCUCGUCCCGUGAAGCGGUGCGACUCCACCAGCGACAACAUGUAAAACUUGGAAGUCAGUCCCGGUGAAUACAAGAUCUUCGAUUAGAGUGAAUCAAGCUGUUGGUAACAUGGGGAAUAACUCUGGAAAAGAACGACAUGGAUCUUCAGGCACUGCUGCGGACACGUAUGAAACACCUCCCGCCUCGCCAUAUAGCCUUGUUUCUACCUGCUCACCAACCACUCAGCUGGUGUCCAUUUCCAACUGUACAAGCACAGCCACCCCUGAAACGGCUCAAGACGCUCUGAGCUCCAUCAGUCAGAAUGAUGAGGCAUUGCUGGAGUGCACGAAAGGGCCUGCGAAGGAGGCUGAGGAUGGACUUAAGAUGACAGAAUCACCUGGGCAUGUGUCUCAUCCCUCAGAAGAGUGCGUGAAUGGAGAAACAGAAGUGGAUGCAAAACUCCUACAGGAGUGUUUGAACACACUUCAGCUUAAUGACAUUGAAGAAUCCACACACAUACUAAACGAUCUGUUAAAAUGUUUUCUGGUGGAGAGGGAAAAGAUGAAGGAGGAGCUGAGAAGUUGUAAGGAAAAGAUUCAGGCAGAACGUGAGGAGUGGCAGCAAUUCCAGGCUGACCUGAAGGUGGCGCUAGUGGUUUCAGACAGACUGAGGGCAGAGGCUGAGGAAGAGCUAAGUACUUUAAGAGCAGCAAGGCAGGACCUGGGCACACAACUAGCCAAUGCCUUGCAGGGUCGCCAGGAGGUCGAAAGUCAAUUGGAGAGCCUCAGAGUUGAGCUGGAGCAGAGCAAGCAGAAAUUGAAGCAGGUCACAGGCAGCCACCAGGGGACGCCGGCAGUGAGGGGCCUAGAGAAACAAGCCGAGGGUUGUGGGAAGAGAACUGGACCCGAAGAUCAACUAUGGACAGAUGAGAUAAAGGGAAAAAGAGAAAUGCGCAUCUCUAGUACUUCAGAAAGGUCAAGGAGCCUGUGCCGGCUGCCCUCAGAUUACCCUGAUGUUGUUGUAAAUGGUACUUCCCAACCCUCAGUUACUAUGACAACAAAAUCUACUCCUCAGAGCAAGACUCAAGCAGUAAGUUUAGACCAACAGAACAAGACCAGCUUCAGCAGAGAUAAGAAAGUGGAGAAUUCACUCCCACAGACAAGCAACUCUUCUGUUUUAGAUGUGACAAAUAAGAGCAACAGGACAAGGACACAGGAAGAUUUCCCAUCAGGACUCAGGUCACUGAGGCUGCAUGGCAGCUCCAGACGGAACUCCCUGCUUCGUUGGUGUCAAGGCAGAACUCAGGGAUACAAGAAUAUUGAGAUCACUAAUUUCAGCAGUUGCUGGGUGGAUGGUUUGGCCUUUUGUGCGAUUUACCAUAGUUACCUCCCCUCUCACAUACCAUAUAACAAGCUCAGUCCAGAGAAUAAGAAAGAGAAUCUCACUCUUGCAUUCCAGACUGGAGAAGGUUUUGGAAUCUCUGCAUCACUGACGGUGGAGGAGAUGCUAAAAGAUGAAGCACCGGACUGGCACAGAGUUCUGGAAUACGUAGAGAGCAUCUACCGUCAUUUUGAGAUGUAAGACUGUGAAUAUAUACAGUGAUUCAGUGAUCACGAAUGCUUUCAAAAUUCCACUACAGCAACAGUAUAUCCUCUGACGGGAAGUAAACAACUUUCAAGCAACCUUAAAGGUGAAUCUGGGAUCAUAUGUUUUUUAAAUAACUAAGAAGUUUGUAUUAGAGACUCUAGUUGGUUAGCAUGACCUGCUAACACUGCCACGUAUUCUGAUUCUCGCAAGCAACAAAUGAUUUGCUUGUUUUAUUAUAUUAUACAGAAGAGCUGACAGAUGGACUUGUGACUGUGUGCUUUCAUGUUGUGCCAUUAACCAAUCAGCAUGUACAGCUCAGGUGAUUAGCUCAAAAACUGUGCCAAGAACUGAGAGCCAAAAUUGAAGCAAACAGGUUGCUUACUUAUGGAGAUCCUGCACCAGCCCUGCAUUCAUCCCACUAAAAUGAACAGGAAUGCUAUUGAAUAGCUUGUCCUAGUAUUACGGAUCUCCUGAGCAGCUCCUGAAAAAGGCUGGAGUGUCUGUGUAAAGCAGAGCUGUGAGUUGGGUGAGGAGUGUCCAUCAAAAUGACUGUUUUGUUUGCCACUGCUUCUUUCUGCCCUCUGUUGGUUUUCAUGUGGUAUUGCAGGUUUCAAUUUGUCUGUGUGCUAUUUUGCUCUUUUUAUUCAGAUUCUUAUACAGACCUGAACUACAGUGUAAAUCUCAAAUCACAGAAAUCAUUACUCUUGUAUGUGUGCCGUGUUUUUUCACUGUGAUUACGGAACCAAGCUGAUUCAUUCAGCAGCUGUUUUGUUUUCUUUGAGCCCCAAAACCAUCACUGAUACUCUGACACCAAAGUACCAUUAGUGUGAUGUAUAUAUUAAAGGACAAUACGAUUCCAAAGAUGAGCAUUAAUAAAUAAAUAUUUUGUUUAUACUGUUUAGGUCUGUUUUUCUUACUGCGUAUUCAAACGUGUAGUUUUCACUGACAAAUGAGUGAGGCUUGGCAAGACUGUUUACGUGAGAAUGAGUAGAAAAAAUAUUGAACUAAUAGGAAAAUAUUAAUGAAUGUUCCGUAUUUAAAGUGAUGAUGAAAGGGACAUUUAGGUAUUAUAGAUUCAACAGCCUGCGGAAGAUUUUUCUGGCAAAAAAAAUGUACACACAUUAUUGCUUUCAGUAUUUUCUCAUUCUCUGUCACUGUUAACACACACUACCAGUCAAAAGUUUUUGAACAGUGAGAUUUGCAAUGUUUUUAAAGAAGUUUCUUCUGCUCAAGAAGUCUGCUUUUAUAUGAUCCAAAGCACAGCAAAAACAGAACAAUUUUGAAAUAUUUUUACUAUGUAAAAUAACUGUUUUCUAUUUGAAAAUAUUUGAAAAUGUCAUUUAUUCCUGUGAUCAAAGCUACAUUUUCAGCAUAAUUUCUCCAGUCUUCAGUGUCACAUGAUCCUUCAGAAAUCAUUCAAAUAUGAUGAUUUGCUGUUAAGGAAACAUUUUUUUACAGUUAUUAUUAUCAUCAAUAUUUAAAACAGUUGAGUACAUUUUUUAAGGAUUCUUUGAUGAAUAGAAAGAUCCAAAGAUCAGCAUUUAUCUAUAUCUAUAUAUUUUUUUUUCAGAAAGAAAUUAUAGAAAUUAAUACUUUUAAUUAGGAAGGAUGCUUUAAAUUGUUCAAAAAUGAUGAUAAAAACAUUUAUAAUGUUACAAAAGAUUUAUAUUUUAGAUAAAUGAAAAAAAUCAGCUGUUUUCAACACAAUAAUAAUACUGAAUGUUUUUGAGUAGCAAAUCAGAAUAUUACAAUGAAUUCUGAAGGAUGAGUAAUGAUGCUAAAAAUUCAGCUUUGAUAUUGCAGGAAUAAAUUACAUUUUAAAAUCUAUAUAAAUAAAAAA